UAAAUGAUUGUUGGAGAUCUGCCAUGUGUAGCUGAGCAUUCAGAAAGCACACCACAGACUCUGCUUCCUCCUGAGGAGCCUUGUCUGUCAACAUCUCACUUUGAUUGUAGUCUGUAAGGUACCAGCAGCAGGCAAAACUCACCAGCCAGCAGCCAUGGAAGAUCCAGGCUUUACUGACAUCAAUCAAAAUGCCAACGACACCACAGUCUCUGAGGUUUCAGAUUCUGAGGAAAAUAAAGGGGGUGAUCUUUCUGAUCAUGUCCCUGAAGAUUCAGCAUCCCCUUUUUCCUUCACUAAUAUCCCAGAAAACACGGAUGGUAGUAAAGAGAACUCAGAAGAUAGCUGUAAUAAUUCUGUGGCCUCUCAGUAUGGAAGUGAUGGAGAAGAUAAUUCUUCAUCUCACCAUGAUGCUGAAGAAGACCACCCACAGCAGCAGAUGGAUCUGAUGAGCCCAACUCUGGAAGAUAAAGAUGAAGAGGGCUCAAUGUUUGAGAGCAACCUGCAUUUUCCUCCGGAUUUCCAGUUUCGUCAGAGACAGAGCACUUUUACCAACUCUUCAACUUCCCUCAAGUUUCCUCUUAACAAUAACUCUGAAGAAACCAAGAACUUUCAGGAAGAUUUUGAGAUUUCCAUUUUUGUAAAGGCUGGUAUAGAUGGAGAAAGCAUUGGGAACUGCCCAUUCUCCCAGCGUCUCUUCAUGAUCCUGUGGCUCAAAGGAGUUGUGUUCAAUGUCACCACAGUUGAUCUAAAAAGAAAGCCAGCUGACCUGCACAAUCUGGCUCCUGGGACCCACCCACCUUUCCUGACGUUCAAUGGAGAAGUCAAGACAGAUGUUAACAAGAUUGAGGAAUUCUUGGAAGAGAUUCUUGCACCUCCAAAGUACCCCAAGCUGGCUGCUAAGCACCGGGAAUCAAACACUGCUGGCAUUGAUAUCUUUUCCAAAUUUUCUGCAUACAUCAAAAACACCAAGCAGCAGGAUAAUGCUGCUCUUGAGAGGGGCUUGGUGAAGGCUCUGAAGAAGCUGGAUGACUACCUGAGAACUCCCCUGCCAGAGGAGAUUGAUGCAAACAGCACUGAAGAGGAGAAAGUGUCUAAACGCAAGUUUCUGGAUGGAGAUGAGCUGUCACUUGCUGACUGCAACCUUCUGCCCAAACUCCACGUUGUCAAGAUUGUUGCAAAGAAAUACCGCAACUUCGAGUUCCCGGCGGAGAUGACGGGGCUGUGGCGGUACCUGAAGAACGCCUACGCCAGGGAUGAGUUCACCAACACCUGUGCAGCAGACAAAGAAAUCGAGCAAGCCUACGCAGACGUGGCCAAGAGGCUCAGCAAGUCCUAACUGCCCCCAGCCAUGGCUCAGUGUCCCCUUUUACAGACUCUGCUCCUUGUUGCCUUAAGAUGUACUUUAUCCUUAUGCUGUCUGGUUGGCAUCUUUAUGACUUCACCUGUUCCGAGUGUAUUGGGCAGGGACAAAUCUGCCUCUCCCUGGAGAAGAGAGAAGGCAGCUGUAGCGGGGGGUGGGGGGGUGGACACCCUUUGAAGUCUGACCCAAGAUCUGGCUCAACUAGUAUUAUUUGCAAUCAGUAUUGGAAAUGAGUCCACUUGACUAGUUUCUUGUUCUGUGUUGGGGGUACAUCAUGACCUGUAUUCUUUAGAGUUUUAAAAAUAGCUGAAAUUUCAGGUAAGAGAGUUAGGAACACAUAGAACUGGUUCCUCUCUAGGUUAUUUCAAGGACGCCUUUCCCCUCAGUUCUGUUAAGAUCCUUGAGGCAUGAACAAAACACAAGAGAGAAAGAGGGGAAAAAUAGGAGUUUGACCCUAAAGCAGAAAUCCUCUUAGCAGUUGUAUUUUAAUAAACUCUCUGAAUGCAUCUUCUGUCUUAGCAGGCCCAGGAGUUUAUAGGGUAUUUAUUUUUAACUUGGCGCAAGAGGGGGAAGCCUGAGUGAAUAUGUCAGACUUGCAGAUGCUACUCUGCAUAAAAUUUGCAUGGUGUUGUUGGAUCUGAAUGUUUAAAGCAAAAUAGAGUGAAAGAGCAAUUGAGCAGGCAGCCCUUGGAAGAGCAGGGCCUGUGCCAAAAUGCCCAGUGGAUCUGCUGGUUGGUAGAGACAGACAGACAUAGCAAUAACAGGGGCAGCAGAUUGACUCCAGCACCCACAGAGGGAAUUGGCACAGCAAACCAAACCAUGCAGGAUAUUGUCAUCUUGACUGUAUCAUUGCCAGUUCCUUUCUAAUUGCUAUCUUGGGAAGCUUGGAUCAGCAGUGGAAAGCUGUCGCUGCACACGGAUUGCAGGCAGGGGAAGCGUUUUCGUUGCCUUGGGCUCCAGAUGGGUCAUUUUCAAGUGCUCAUCAUCUCACCCCAGGAGGGGUUUGCUGUGAGAGCCUCAAAGAGGGCAGGCUGGCACAGUGAGAGGCAUGUUUCCAGCCAGGAAUUCAGCAAGUGCUAGCAGAAAAUCCAUGUGUGGUGCCUCAAUCCCACUCAUCCAGGCUUUACCCAUCCAGGUUCCACAAUUCUGAAUUAGGCUUCUUUUUCCUAAAAGAGAUUCUUUUGCUCUGUCUGCAGUGCCUGCCUGGCACAUCUGCUUUACACUGGUGAUUAUUUGCACAUUUCAUCUGCAAAUCCAGAAUGACAGCUCUUUCACUUGAAACUCAUGUGCUCCUUGGAGAGCACAUGGUUAGGGGGUUUCAGUUUGUGGGGGGAUUAAUUGCUGUUUUAAAAGAUAAAGCUGAGCUGCAGGCUGAUGUGUCUCCCCUUCUGAUCAGAGCUGCUAAAGCUGCAGUGAUUUGAGGGGAACCCCAAGCUGGUAGCUGUGACCAAGGGGAGCCUCACAGCACUCUUGUUUGCAGCCAGAGAGCUGGAAAGUGGAACGAGAUGGAAAGCCAGGCUCUGCCCGUGUGAUGCUGAUGACAAUCUGAAACCAUCCUUCUGCUGUAGUGGGGUAAUUCCACUUUUCACACUAACCCAGCUGGGAGCAGAAUGUUGCUCAUUGACUGAAGAGAGUUUGUGGUUGACUAUUGUUUCACAUGCAAUGGUCAAUUUGUUCUGAACUUUCAAACCCUUGGAAGAAAAUCCAUUAACUCCCAAGUCUUCUCCUAGAAUGGGCUAUUUUAGCAGCAGCUAGACUGGAGGGCAAAGGUUUGCACUCUUCAAAAUAUUGCUCAGAGAACACUAAUAGCAGCCAGAAAAAUCUGAUGAGAUUAGGAGUAUCUGCACGAGCACAUGUGGCUUGUUAAAAACAUUUCUUCAUGAGAUUGGAAUUAUUGUGAUACUGUUUUCUUUUUUUUCUUUUUUAAAAUUCUGGUAAUUAUUUAUUUAUUUAUUUAUCUUAAUUGAGUCGAUCAUUUCUUUCUGUCUUUCUGGUUUUUGUUUCACUCAACACUUGGGUCAGGAUGGCUCAGUCAGUUUAGAAAAGUGUUAUUAGCAAAGCUCUGCAACUUUGUUCCUUGAGAAAAGUCUUCUACCUGAUCAAUGGUCCUGGGGAAUUUUUGCUCUCAGUAUGAUCCUGUCAAUCAACAGAAACUAUAUUUUUCUCAGUUGCCUUUUCCCAGGUUUGCACUUCAAUCAGUAGCUUUCCUUAGUCACAACUGCUGUGAAUAUUUGAAUAAAAGAUGCAGAAGCAGAUGCAGAUUCUUGCUCUCUGCUUAUUAUAUUUAUGUCCUAGAAGAAGACUGUCCAAGCAUGCAGCAGAUCUCAGGCAGGUGAACCAGGGUCUGCCCUGAUUUCCAUCUCAGAAUCCUCACUAUCUUGCUGAAUCUCAUAGACCUGAAAUUCCCAUAUAUGUUUGUCUCUAUUUUUCAUAGAAGAGGGCCAAAUCAUAAUCAGCUGAUUUCAGUGACCUCAAAUUGCAUCUGGUUAAAAAAAAAAAAUGUUUAAACAUGGUUGGGCUUAUAUAAAAAAGAAAAUUAUGUAUAAAUGCAAUGAGCUUUUUCUAAGAUGAUUUCCAUGUUCUUAAAAACUUUUUAAGAUUUCAUAAUAAAAUCUGAAGGCCCCCAGGCUAAUUAUCUUUCAAUUAAUUGAAAAAAAAUCCUUAAAUAUCUUCAUUUUUCAUACAUCAUUCCAAAAUAUCUAGAUAAAAUAUAAUGAUGGAUAUGAGAAAUUAGAGGAAAAUGGAGCAGUUUUCAGCUACAGUGCUGGUUCUGUGUGAAUUCAAGUCUCACUCUGCAUCCUAAGUUUGCAUUUUACUCAUAACACUAUUAUAGGCUGAUCCAAGAUUAUAGACAGGUUCAGGCAUUCCCUGACCUUUGUUUGGGUUUGAAAUCCAAGCUCAUGUUUUCAGAUCUGUGCCUUUCACUCACCUUUGUGCUUCUUGGCUGUAUCCAUUGCCAGAAGCAGGAAAUACUGGAAAUCCUACAUAGAAAAGUGUUUUGCUAAGAUUUUGAGCUCAGUUCUCAAGGCUCAGGAUCCAUCACCAAUGAGAUUUUAAAGGGCUCCAGACCCUUUAGAGUAUUUUUGGUGACCUUCCAUUGUAUUUAGAAUUAUAAGUAAUAAAUAUUAAUCAUACAGGAUUGUAUAUCUACAUUGGCAAGGCAGCAUUUCUGAAAAGAAUCUAAGUGACAAGACAGACAUUGCAGAUUUACAAUAACUUUGUUCAUAAAUUUUUUUUGCAAGAUGUAAAGAAAGACAUAGUGCAGAGAGGGAAGAAGCCAACAAUGUGGAUUUAAUCAUCUACAUUUCAGAAAUGCAGACCAAAUGUCUGUGAAGAUGUCCAUUUCAUCCAAACAUUUCUUAGAUAUUUAUUUCAAAGCUCCCUGCUCAGUCAAUCCAACACUCCAUUCAUAUUGAAACGAAUAUUGAUUUUUCUUCUAUUAGCAGUGGUAUGGGAGUCUUGAGGAUCCCAUAGAUUAGUUACCUUUGUUCUCUGCUAGAACUGUUUGAAUUGCCAAGAGGUCAUUUUGCAGGUAGGACUAAAGAGUAUCUGUUUAAAGUCUAUUUAAAGCAGGCCUUGUGAGAAACAUUUUUUCCUAUAGAAAUCACAUAAUGAUAUACUUUAUCAAGUCUAGUGUGGAAUAUAGAGCUACAGGUUACCUCUCUGGUUGCACCAGCUGAAAAGCCACUGCCAGAACAAAUGACAGUCUAUAGCACAAAUAAAACAGACAACUUUGUUUCCUACCAGAAAGUUCAGCUAAAUUGCACUAGCAUUUAUUUAAAAUAUAUAUUUAUUUUAUUUUAACCCCUAAACAACUUUCUCCCUCUCUUGUCUGUGCUCAAAUUCAGCUCCAAGUUAGCCAUAACCAUUUCCUCAGUGAUAAGUAGCAGUUCUCAUGGAUGGCAGAGGGGAAGCAGUGUUUUAGUGUAGCCCUUCCAUCUGGUGGGAUGAAGGCCCCUGUCUGCACCUGAGUUUGGCUAAUUAGCUGAGGUGAAAGUAUUGCAAAAUUAUAGCCAGUGGAAAUCACACUCCUGUAAAACCAGAAGCACAUGGAAGCAUUAUUUUUUAAAACAAUGAAUUGGUGUUUUAAAGAAAAAAAUAAACCCUAAGUCUUGCGUCCUCCUUCAUGUGUAUUCUUUUAAGCAUCAGGAAAUUUGCCUUUGUUUAUAACUUUUCUAAAUGUAUUCAUUAUUCUUCAAUUGUUUUUGAUAUUAAGAAAUAUUUUUCCAGUAAGAUUUUGCCUCUGAUGAAUCUUUCAUCUCUUCAUUAAUUUUGAUGUCUGCAAUGACUUUGUAAUUCCAGGGGAGGCAGGAAAGCUGUGAGGUUUAUACUUGUUGAGAAGUUGAAGUAGGUAAUGAUUUUUUUUUUUUUUUUGAGAGAACAGCAUUAAAAUAAUUUUAAAAGUUGUGUCUUUUCAUCUGGGAUACUUUAACCAAGGGUGAUAGGCUGUUUAGUCUGGACUGUGAAUUUCAGCACAGGCAGGGGCAAGGCAGCAAGCUGAAGGUGGCUUUGCCUAGGGGUUUCUCUUAGGUAGUAGAUAAGUUCCCUGUGAGACAAAUUUCCCAUUUCCAUCUUUCAGGAGGGCUGUGCUGGUUUGGACAUUGAGCUGCAACAGCCCACUCAGUGCUCAGCAGUGAAAAGAGGAGCCCUGUUCCCUUUUUUCAGUGCUCAUCAGUGAAAAGAGGAGUCCUCUUCCCUUUUCUCCCCUUCCAGCUUAUGAGCAGGGAAAGCAGAGAGCCUUAAGUUGUUUUAUUUCUUUGUCCCACAUUGCAAGCAACACUCAGUCCCAGAAAAGCCCAGAAACCCAAUCCAAAGCAGUUUUCCAAAGUUUGAUGUGUCCAUUUUUUAACAAGUGACACAAAAGCCCAAAGAAUCCCGUGUAACCCCUCAGGCACUCCCCACGCAGGACUCAGCAGCCUCUCAGAGACUGCAGCAAUAUUAUUCCCAUGCUGGCCCAAAUCAUUCCCCUUUCACCAUUCACUGGAGAGAUGCUAAUCCUGAAAACACUCCCAGGGAUGGAUUUGAGUGUGGUGUGUUUGAGCUGUGCUCAUCAGCUGGGCAGCUCUGAAUGGUGGCAUUGUCACAGCUCGGCGGGUCGUGCCUCUGCUGCCAAGGGGACCCAGCACCCGCUGCAGGAGCCAAAACUGCUCCACCAGUGAUGGUGCAACCAUGAUGAAAGGUUUGAGGGCCACCUUUCCUCCUGCCUGGCUCCCUGGCUGAGGUGUUAGAGCUCAGCUGGAGCCAUGAUCCAGCACUAAUGAGCAUUUCUAGCUUGCAGCAUGUGAAUAGGGACUACUGAUGUGCUUAAUGUUAAACAUGUGCUUGCUUGCCUGCCUGCCUGGAGAGGGGCCUAAAAGCCAUGACAGAAAAGCCUUAUAUUAAUGAAGGGCAUUAUUAUUCUCUUCCCUUUGAAAUCUGGUGGCAGAAUUCCCAGUGGGGGAAUUCCCAGUAGGAAUUCCCAGUAAAGCCAAAGGUGGCAUAAGCAUGAAGAUGUUUUGAGUGCAGAGAGAAGUCAGGGAGAAAAAGAGGCAGCAGUGGUGUAAAGGCUCUUGGUGCAGAAGAAGGACAGCAGGUGGUGUCUGCAGGGGCAGGAGCAGUGCUGCCAGGCUCUGUUCUGGUCCCUGGGGGUUCAGAGUGCAGCAGGGAGCUGUGCUGGCAGUGCAAUGCCAAGGCAUGUUCUGCUGUAUCUCCAGCCACACUCCCUGUGCUGGUAUCUCACAGCACAACGAUGCCUCCAUUGUGUCUGCCUCACUCUUAUUAUGAAGUGGCUUGUCUAAAGAAAAGCCACUUCAUAAUGAGGAUAAAGAAGGGUGGGGGAAUUUUUUUUUUUUUUAUGUAUACAUGGAGUAAAAACAAUCCAAAUAUGCUCUAAUGGUUCUCAACAUGAUACUGUCAAUUCUCACCACAGGGUGGAAUUUGUUGGUGGAAAUUAAAUUAAAUUAAAUUAAAACAGAAAAGCUUGGCUCUUGCUAAUGGAUACUACUGGGAGCCCUAAAAGCAGUUUGCAGUGUAGAACCAUAACAGGAGUGAACAUCCUUUAAUUCCCAGAAUUGCUUGCGUUUCACAGGGUCAUUUUAGCCUAUUCUGCUGCACUGCUGAGAAGUUGCUCUUUCCCUGUCUCUCUAGGUCUAUAAACUCUGAAGAAUUUGGGAAAUGGCUAUGGGCACCAAAUUAGUCUUUUUCACUCUUUUUUUUCCGCCUUCAUUAAAUUAACUACUUUAGUUUGGAAGUAAGCAAUAAGUAAGUUGAAUUUGCAAACAGCAGAUUUCUCUACUCUUUCAUUAAGAAAGUUUUUAAGAGCUUUCAGGAAAUGAGAGGUUGUCCUCAGCUUUGGGAAUAAACUGUGGUAUAAAAUACAAAUGUAAGUGGGAUUCUGAUUAAAUUAUUGAAGCAGAAAUAUUGCAGUUUGUUAUAAGGAGCAUGCUUAGGAGUAAAGGAACAGAAUAUUCCAGAUACUGCAAUAGGGGCUUCAGUUCUAGUUUCUAGUUUGAGUUUCUGGGGUUUGUGUUUGGUUUGUUGUUUUUUUUUUUUUUUUUAAAUUACCUAUUGUACAACAUAAAAGCUAUAUAUAUGUACACAUAUAUAUACAUAUUCAGUGUAUUUAUCUGCAUUAUUUAAUUCAGUAAUGCUGUGAAGUUUGUUGGGAUGGAAAGUGGCAUAAAGAGGAAAACUUACACUUUUGAAACAGCACUAUUAUUUCUGUGCCUUUGAUUUGGUUCCCACUGGAAUAAACAAGAACCACACCAUUAGCUGUGUGGAAGCAGGAUCUCAACUUCACAGACCCCAAAAGUUUGGCAGUCCCUUGGCGGGCAAGGUAAUUUGGUGUUUAGCAACCCGAGCCUUGCAGUGGGCACAGAGAGUUCUGAAGGCGUUCAGAGCCGUCCUUGGGUGAGGGAGUGAUGCCUGCAAAGGACCCAGUGAAUCCCCUGCUGUUUAAAAUGAGAUUAAGCCAUCAUGAGAUGUGGACUGGCUAACCCCAAACCAGACACACUCGCCGGCAGCGCCGCCGCUAAAUUGCUCUGACAUCAGGAACCGCAGCGAAGGAGCUUGGCCUCAGGAGUGAGUCAAAGCAGCAUCUUUGUCACCAGUCAUUUUCUAUUUAUAAUGACACAGAUCUAUUUUAUAAUCACGGGGAGGCACAACAGGAGUGUGCUUUGUUCUGCCUAAAUCGCAUUUCUCGUGCGGGUGCGUUUAAACACAGCCCUUGGCCCCUUGCCCCACACCACACACACCCAGGGCGGGCAGCUCUGGCACAACAAUGCACACCCUGUCGUGCUUGGACGCUCAAAGCCUCCAGUGCUGGAGCAAUAAACUCUGCUAAAUGGCUUAAAAAUGUUCCCUUCAGUGCUCUGAGCUGCCCCGCUGCUGCCUCACUUCUCAUUCCCAAUGCUGUUCUGUUUUUAAGCCGUGUAUUUCAAAGAAACCAGGAAUAUGUUGUGUUGUUUAGUGAUGGAAAUUGCUGGGCAUUAUUAACUGUAAGAAUUUGGGGUGAAAAGUCCCAUUCCCCAGCCCAACCCUCUUUCCUGGUGCAAACCUGACAGCUUUUAUUCCUGACUGUGUUUUCAGAGGCUACGAACAAAUUCCCAACAGCUGCUUGAUUUGGUUGCUGGAGAAGGGGUCCUCAGCUAUGAUGGUAACUCCCCUUUGCUCCCUUUUGUCCUUUUUUUUUUUUUAAUGAAGGAUCCUGCUGUGUAUUUCCUAGGAAAUUAUGAUCUUGUGAUCAAUAGGUUUAUUUUUGUAACCUGUUUUCAGUUCUGAAGCCUGAAGAUCAAAACCAAGUUGCAUAGUGAGAUUCAGGGGUGAGCAGAAGUGCUUUUUUCCCCCUCCCAAACCUAUUUGUUUUCAAACCCUGACUCAUUUGGAGCACAAUUCUGGUUACUUUGAGGAGGUCUGAGGUUGAAAGAGAGGAAGGGGAGCCCACUGAGAGAGGAUGGCGGGAACCAAUGUGGAAGUCUUAAGAAAUAUGUGGAUAAGUUUCCUAUCAGUGUGUGAGCAACCUGUGCAGAGACCUGCAGGGCCCCAGUGGAACCACAGUUGCUUAAAACCUGCACUGAUAUUCAAAGGCAAAAUUUGGGCAGUGAAUCAUGACAUGAUGAUCAAACAUGGUACCUCUUCAGGGCAUUAUACAGACAAAAAAGUGCUCAUUUGAAAGGACACUCACAUUUUUAACUACUGGUCCAGACCUGAGUUCACAUGACUGGAUUUUCUCCUCCAAAAUGUCAUUAAUCCCAGAAAUGGCUAAUGGUUUCAGGGCUGCCAUUUGAAGUACUGGGCUAAAAGAAAGAUCAGAAACUCUUAUGGAAAAAUCAGGAAUUACUUUUAAACUCAGACCUGGAAUGCUUCAAAGAAAAGGAAUUUAUUUGUAAACAAUUAUUUUAUAGUGUCUGACAGUGAAAAGUGACUGUGUAUCCAGAGGUCUCCAUCAGAUAAGAAAGCAAGCCAGGAUCCCUUUGCAUUCUUGUGUUUCCUAGUCAAGGAACAUGCCCUCUUCAUAUGCAAUUCUAGAUUAGAUUGCAACCUUUUGGGCUAGAAGCUAUGUAUUUGUUCUCUGCAUGUGCAACUCUUUACAUGAUAGGACCCUAAUUAGGGCCUUUUUGUGCUGCUCCAACCCUCAUCAUCUGUAAUAAUAGGAAAAAUAUAAUUAAAAUGUCAUUGCAGUUCACCUUUAAUAUUAUGAUUGUGAGACUAUACUCUGUCAACUGUGAAUAAAAUAAUGUUCUUUUUGUAUAAUAGGUAGUAUAUUUUAUUAUUGAAGAAAGAGUUAAAUUUAAUUUUUAAACACAAAAAAUAUCUGCUUAUUGUUUCAUUUUAGGCUUUUGAAUAUAUAAACAAAUAUUUCUUUUAUAUCCUUAAAAUGAGUAUGUGUUAAAUGAAGAAACCCACCUUCCUGAAUUGGAGCUGUUUAUAAUUAUAUUCCAAGAGUGAUUAACAACUUAUAAUAUGAAUAAAAGUGGUUUAUUUUCUCAUUGGGUUAUU